UGCUGCUGUUACACUGGCUGGAGGUUUUGUGCGUCGUGUGAGGAGAAAAGGCAGUUCCUGAUGUCAGUGAUGGCGGCUGCAGACGUGAGAGACGAGCUGAGCUGCUCCAUCUGUCUGAUCCUUUAUACUGAGCCUGUAAUGCUGCCGUGUGGGCACAACUUCUGCCAGGGCUGCAUUGAGAAGGUGCUGGACACCCAGGAGGGAUCUGGGGCUUAUUCCUGCCCUGAAUGCAGACAGGAGUAUGAGGAGCGCCCUGCCCUGCCCAGGAACAGAACUCUGGGGAACAUAGCAGAGAGAUUUCGUCCAACUGAGACCCAACUGGGAGAGACCGGGAUCUUCUGCACCUACUGUGUCCUCUCUCCUGUACCUGCUGCUAAAUCCUGUCUCCUGUGUGAGGCUUCUCUGUGUGAUACCCACCUGAGGGGGCACAGCCAGUCACACAAGCACAUCUUAACUGCCCCCACACGUUCUUUUGGGGAGAGGAAAUGCCCCCAACAUGAUGAACUUCUAAAUUAUUACUGCCUCAAGGACUCCGUCUGUAUCUGCCAGUGCUGUGGAUGUUUUGGAGAUCACAAGGGGCACAAUGUGGAAUCUCUGAAUAAAGCCUUUGAUAAUAAAAAGAUCCAGUUAAGACAAGUUCUAGAGAAACUGCCCAUAAAGAGAGAAGAGACUGAGAGACGAGUGCAGAGACUGCAGGAGCGCAGGAGAGAAGUAGAAGAAAAAGCAGCCGGUGAGACAGAGAGAGUCACUGCCCUGUUUAGAGACAUCAGGGAACAGCUGGAAGCCCUCGAGAUGAGACUCCUGAGUGACAUCUCCAGCCACAAAGAGAAGAUUUCUCUCCCACUUACUAAUCUGAUCCGGGAGCUGGAAAUAAAGAAGAAAAAGCUGGGAGAGAAGAUGCGUCACAUUGAGGAGCUGUGCAACAUGGGAGAUCCAUUCUCUUUGUUAAAGAAAAUGGAAUCAGAAGGGGCUGAUAUUUGGGAAGCCGACUGCAGAGAUAUUGUGGGCCAAGAGAGUGAUGAUGAAAUGCUCCGUGAUGCUAAUGAUAUGGAUGAGGUUCUGAUUAUGGAUCCGAUAUACAGGGGCUUACAGGAUAUAGUAACAGGGACAAAGAAAGGACUGGGGAAUGAGUCAAUAAUCAUGGAUACAAACACAGCUUCUAUGAACUUAACAAUAUCAACCGAUGGUAAAUCUGCAUCUUACUCACGCUCAAAUUCAAUACAGGUUUACAGUAAAAAAUCACAGAAAUUUCAGGUUUGUGCUCAAGUUUUAAGCACCGGGAGUUUCAACAAGGGGCGACAUUACUGGGAUGUAGAUUGCAGUAAGUCAGCAGAGUGGCGGGUUGGGGUGGCCUAUCCCAGUAUAGAGAGGGGGGGAAAUAACUCCCUUAUUGGGAAUAAUAGCAAGUCCUGGGCUGUUGCUCACAAAACGUUUUUAAGUUUUUUUAUGGAUGGAUAUAUAGUUUCUGCGGCACAUGAUGGGAAAAAAAACAGCUUAUCUGACCCACAUGGCAGAUCUGAACCCAUUAAGCAAAUCCGAGUGUAUCUGGACUAUGAGGCCGGACGUCUGUCCUUCUAUGAGCUGAGUGAGCCAAUCAGACACUUACACACCUUCACUGCCACAUUCACUGAGCCCCUCCAUGCUGCAUUCUAUGUAGGGGAGGAAAGUCUGACUGUUAUUGACUAGAGCUGAGCCCGACAAAUUUGACAGCCGAGUGUGCAGCACCCAGUCCCUAGUGUUGGUAGGAAUUAAUGAGAAGCAGAUGGGGAGAGGGUGCAAUGCUGCCCCUAAAACCAGUCAGUGUGCUAUUACAUGCUGGAGCCACAUUUAUAACCAUUGGCACCACUGGGGGAAAAGGGGUCAGGACCUAUAUUUUUCUACCUAGUUCUGAAUUGUCAGGUAUGAGGCACUGAAACCUAAUGCUCCCCCCCAAAAUGACCUUCCGUGGCCCCUCUGUAUAUACAUAUAUAAUAGGGCUCAUUCAUGAAAUGGACCACAGAGACCAGUGGCUAUUCACACAAUGCUCCAUGCAGUGGGCAAAGUGCAAAAAAUGUCACAUUAUGUAGGACAUGUUCUGUAUAUAAACCCUAAUGUGUUGGGCAAAGCAAAAAGAAAGAUUUAUGGGAAAUAGUUGGGAGAAUCCUGCACUGCCAGUAGGAUAAUGAUCUAUAAUACACAAAAGCCAUGAAUAUCCUGUAAAUUAUAUCCUUAUAAACCGUGAGUUCUGAUGUCAUCAGUUAUAAACGGUGA